AUGGCCGAUUCCGAGAUUCGACGCCGAAGACGUCCAGCCGUCUCUUGCGCGCUCUGUCGUCGGCGGAAAAUUCGCUGCAAUCGCGAACAGCCAUGCAACAACUGUCUUCGGGCGCGCAAAGAUGCUGUUUGCGUUUAUGAGGAUCUGCCACCGUUGCCACAGCUGCAGCAGUCGGAAUCGCAGCAUGGACGAGUGGUGCUGCCAACAUCCUAUCCCACCGAGCCAGAAGCUGUGGCAGCUCCUCUCCAACCUUCCCCCACAACCCUGCCGGGCCAAUUCGCGGAGAUGCACCCGCCUUUCGACAUGGAUGCCUCCUUGGGCAAGCCCGCAUUCACGGAUGAGGUUUGCGUGGGUCCUGAGACGGCGCUGUCUGACAGCUGCAUUCGUCGCGCAUUGAGACGACAAAUUCGCAAGCUCGAGGCACAGCUGCGUGCCGUUCGGCGCAACCAGCAACCACGUCAUCAAGGUGCCCCUGCAAGUGCGGGCGUGUCCACAACUGCUGUUGCCACAUCGCCCUCUUCACGCUUGACGCAGCCAGAGCAAAGCUCUCCCAGCCUCAGUCACGAAGCCGAUACCGGUACCGAUGUCGAUGCCGACUCGCCCCUGUCGCCGGUGUCGCCACCGUUGGACACACCGGCGACGUCGCAGAACCUCGUCCGAUCGGCGGCCGGUUGGACUAGACCCGUCAUCUGCGACUCCUUUGCAGGCCAGGGUCACUCGUACACUCGCUGCCAAGGCAUUCCAGGAUAUGCACAGUUCACGAGCCGCAACGUCAUGCACAAGACACGCCUCCUUGGCCAGAGCCACGGUGUCAACAGUGUCAUGGGGUUCCGCGACAUCUUCGAGUCGAUCGAGCUGUCCAUCGUGGGCAACAAGCAGAGCAAGGUAUUUGUUGACAUGCAUCGGAUCAAGCACCUCGCCCGCAUCAUCAAGGCGCAGCGCAGAUCCCCGUGGCCAGUCACCCUUCCGAGCUCGCUGGCAGCACGACGCCGCGACCUACCGCCGCGUCCUCUGGCCGACCAGCUUGUCCAGUGCUACCUGCGCAGCUCUGAGGGCCUGUUCCGCGUCCUGCAUGUGCCUCUGUUCCAAAAAGACUAUGAGGCCUAUUGGGCGGAUGCUGCUGCUGCUACCGGUUCUUCAUCUGCGCCAGACACCGCCUUUCUGGUGCAGCUGUGCCUUGUGCUGGCCAUUGGCACCGCCAGCCACCCCGAACACGUCCGACUGCGCCCCAAUGCUAUCCGCUGGGUACACCAGGCGCUUUGCUGGGCAGCCGAGCCCGACUUCAAGGCACGUCUGACCAUCCAGACGUUGCAAAACAGCGUCUUGCUGCUGCUGGCACGCGAGGCUGUCGGUGUUGGCACCGACCUGGUCUGGAUGGCCGUUGGAAGCCUUCUGCGCACCGCUGUCUACAUGGGCUUGCAUCGUGAUCCGCUGCUGCUGCCCAAGAGGGCCACUCUCCUGGCUGCCGAGAUGCGCCGCCGCCUGUGGAACACCAUCCUGGAGCUGGCUGUUAAUACGGGAUUAUGCGCCGGUGGACCGGUCAUGCUAUCGCUGGCUGACUUUGACGCGCAGCCCCCGGGCAAUUUUGAUGACGAGGAGCUGUUGGGUGGCAAUGGUGAUGGUGACGGGACCAUCGAUCUUGAGAACUCGACGGAGAACAGGACAAACCUCUCCAAAGAAGGCCGCCCGCCAGACGUCUUCACUCAGACAUCUGUGGCCAUCGCGCUGCGCAAAACCUUUCCGCUGCGCCUGGCCAUUGUUCACUUUCUCAACGACCUGGAGCCACGCGGCUCAUAUGGUGAGACUUUGCGGAUCGACAAGGAGUUCCGAGCUGUAUUCCGGGCGCUCUGCCAGACGCUGGAUUCGUUCCAGCGCAGUGCCAAUAGCCGCACCGACGGCACCGACGAAAAACCGAUUCCUCACGUCCAGCUGGCACUGAUCGACCUGCUGAUGCGACGGCCCCUAUUGUGUUUGCACGUCCCCUUUUUCGGCGCCGCCGUGCACGACCUGGCUGCCUAUGCCUUCUCUCAUCGCGUCGUCGUGGACACGGCAGUCAAGAUCUGGAGCACUAGUACCUGCACUCAAAGCGCACACGACUUCUCUCCGCCGAGCAGCGCGGCCACGCCAAAGGGCCUCUUUCCACCACCAUCCUCCCCUCUUUUCUCCGACCCAGACGAGAUCAUCCGCAUCGCCAUGCUCGGUCCUGGCCCCCUCCGCAAUCUGACAGCGCAGGCAAGCCUGCUGGUGGCCGCUGAGAUCAAACUGAAGCUGCUCGAGGACAUUGCUCAGGAUGGCACGCAUCUCAUGUCGGCGCUCACCUCAUCUGGCCUCCAGUCACCCCUAAUUCCCGUUCGGCCUGACUUGAUGACUAUUUUGCACAGCGCCCGCGACUGGUCUUUAAAGGCUGUCGAAGCGGGCGAGGUCAACUGCAAAGGGCACCUAUUCUGCUGCCUUGUCCUCGCACAGAUUGGUCAGAUGCGCCGAGGCAUGACGAACCCGGCGAAUGCCGCUCCCGAGAUAAAGCUGGCCCUGGCUCACGAGCUUGUGCGCAGCGCCGAGGAGUCACUGGAUAUGUGUAUGCCUUUGAUAGAGCGCCAUCGGGCAGAAGGACAGGCACGCUCGGAGACCGAAGCCAGGGCCGCGGCAGCGGAUGGAGAGCUUGAAGGAGCUGCCGUAGAGAUAGCUGCCACGCCUGCUCUUUUUGAAACUGCAAGUACUGCCGCGGCCGCCACAGCUGCCGACGCCGCUAAUGCCGAAGCUAGCCUGUUUACGCGUCAGGAUUUCGAUGUGAUGUCUGAUCAUAUUGAAAACUGGGACUUCCUCAUGUCUGACAUCCAGAUGUCCGAUCUGGGCCGUUUAGGCGAUCUGUACAAUUGGCUGUUCUCAAACGACUCGACAUAG